AGGACUCGUUAGCUGCAAAGGCCCUAGCCUCACACGGCUCUGACCAGGCGGAGGAUUUGCUUGCUGCUGAAGCUCUGCAGAGAGCAGCCAGAGCAGCAGCGUCAUCGCCUCCUACGACUGGAGAUGAGGACUCGUUAGCUGCAAAGGCCCUAGCCUCUGAGCAGGCAGAGGAUUUGCUUGCUGCUGAAGCUCUGCAGAGAGCAGCCAGAGCAGCAGCGUCAUCGCCUCCUACGACUGGAGAUGAGGACAUUUUGGCUGCAAAGGCACUAGCCUCAUAUGUUUCAGAGCAGGUACAGGAAAACCAGAGAAGCUCAGCAGGUCCUCCUCCAGAACCAAAAAAAGCCGUGACUGCACCAGCAGAAGCAGGCAGUCCUCUAGCUGAACCUAAGCGAGCUGAUGUGAGCGCACCAGCACAAGCACCAGGCCCUCUUGCUGAACCUAAGCGGGCUGAUGUGAGCGCACCAGCACAAGCACCAGGC